AGCGCCCAGACCCCAGAAAAGGAACCAGGCGUCAUGCUACUGCUUUGAGACUGCCUCCAGCCGCUAGCCAUCAUGCCUCGUCCGGAUUUCGACGAAGAGGCAAGGAAGCUCUUUGCUUUGCUCAACUUGCCGUCCGGGGCUGCCUCUGACGAGUCUUCGCGCUUGCAUGGCUACCACAACCUGGACGCUGUAUGGCAGCACCCCACGACAGGUGCCCAGGUGUUCAUUGGAAAUGCCACCGCCAGCAGCCAGAGAGAGAUAUUGCGCAAAAAUCGCGUGACGCAUAUCGUGAAUUGCACGAGCGACAUGUCCAACACCUUCGAUGGAGAUCCAGCUGUUGCGUAUUUCCGGUUCGAUAUAUACAAGUUCUUUUCCGCCUUGGACUUGCGCUCCCACCGGGGUGUAUUGGAGUUCUUUUUGCCUGUCUUCCAAUGGAUUGAUGAAGCAGUCAGCUCAGGACACAGCGUGUUGAUCCAUUGCCUUGCCGGUGCCCAUCGAGCAGGCACAACUGGUGUGGCCUAUGUUAUGCAUGCAGCAGAUUUGGAUCACCAAACUGCCAUCGUGGCCUGCAAGCGUUGCCGGCCAGCGGUGGACCCCAUCGGCGAUCUCACAACUCUUUUGGCGCAGCUAGAUGCCGCUCGCCAGGCGAGGAAGAAGUGACGCAGUGUCACGCGAAUUCGACGUAUCGACGCAGUGUGGAAGGUUUCCCUUUGCAGCGCUUUCCUGCAACCAGAACAGACCAUGGCGGCAACA